UUUCCUGACACUCGAAAUCGAAAUCUACUGCCCCCCAAUUUCCUUCAAACCCCAACGCAUCAUGACAAAACUAUGGGCUGACCAACCAUUCAAACUCAUCCCAACUCCGACAACGACGGCGACAGAAGGACUCUCAAAGGAAGUAACUGAGGUGGCGACUGAGAUGUGUUUGGCGCACAACGUGAUGGUCCGGAACCUGAAUGCAAUCCACCUCCAGUGCGAACAGGUUACCAAGCCCGAAGACGUGAUAGAUUUUAUCCUAUUCUGCCAGACGUCACUCGAGGAGAUUCACACCCACCACGCAGCAGAAGAAGAACUCUUUUUCCCACAGGUUGCCGAGUACACGGGCGAGAAAAACAUCAUGGAGGUGAAUAUCACACAACAUCACGCGUUUGAAAAGGGUUUGAAGGAGUUUGAGGAAUAUAUCUAUAAAGCCACACCUAAGACUUACGAUGGGAAGGAGGUGAAGAAAAUGCUCGACCGGUUUGGCGAGAUUUUGGUAGUGCACUUGAGCGAUGAGAUCCAGACGCUGCUUGCACUAGAUAAGUAUGGAGGGGAGAAAUUGGGGCCCAUUUGGGCGCAAUUUAACAAGAAAAUCUUAGCCCAGAUUAAAGAUAUGCAUCGUGUGCUUCCCUGUGCUCUCGGUGCCGUCGAUAAGACAUUUGAGGGUGGAAAACAUAACUUUCCUCCUUUCCCGUGGUUUUUGCCAUACUUGGCCAAGUAUUACUAUGCUAAAAAACACAAGGGAAGCUGGAGAUUUAGUCCGUGUACGAUGUUUGGAAUUCCAAGACCGCUUGAGUUUGCGAAAGAUGUAGAAUAGUUGGCCCACCUUCUCUUGUUUCGCUUCGUUCGCAGUCUGGGAAAGCCGCCGUUCCUGUAUACUAUGACACCUGGGUCAUAUUGUUUGAUGAAGGAGAAACGAAACUGGGUGUUAUUUAACUUGAAUCCUAUCAU